AUGGUAUCUUUUGAUGUCACGUCCCUCUUUACUUCUAUCCCCCAGGAUCUGCCAAUCGAGAUCGUCCAGCUACUCCUACGAAAUAAGUACAAUGAAACGGAGAACCGUCUCGGACAUGCCCAAGUCCUUCAGCUCCUAAAGUUCUCUCUCAGAACGUACUUCAAGUUUGACGGAAAAAUCUACGACCAAGUGAAGGGAACACCAAUGGGCUCGCCGAUCUCGGGAUUCAUCGCCAAGGCGUUCCUACAGCGGUUAGAGUCUCUGAUCUUCCAACACCACAGACCGAAAUUCUGGGCUCCGUAUGUGGACGAUACCUUCGUCGUCAUCGAACGGGAUCUGGUGCUAACGUUCAAAGAACGUCUCAACAGCGUCUUCCCGGACAUACAAUUUACGAUGGAGGAGGAAGAAAAUAACCAGCUGGCACUCCUUGAUGUCCUCGUCUGUCGCAAUUAUUGUGGUGGACUAAAGACCAAAGUUUUCAGAAAAGCAACGAACACGACGCAAAUACUGAACUUCAACGGUAACCACCCAAUCAGCCACAAACGCAGUUGCGUAAGAACGCUAUAUCGGCGUGUUGAGACGCACUGCAGUGAACCGGAAGACAAGGUUGCCGAAUUCCAAUAUCUUCGACGGGUUUUCGGAGAAAAUGGUUACCCGCGCAACUUCGUCAAUCGGUGCCUGCGCAAACGAGACGAGCGACAAACCCGUACCGACCCCAAAUUCUGGCGAGCGAUCCCGUACAUUUAGAGCGUCUCCGAGGCCGUUAGCCGCCUUCUUGCACCUCUUGGAGUUGGAGUUGCGCACAGACCGGAGGCCACCAUGAGGCGUCAGGUGAUGAGACCAAAAGACCCACAGCCACGGCAUGAAACAUCUGGAGUCGUUUACCGGAUCUGGUGCAGUUGCGGACAAAGCAACUACGUCGGAGAAACUGGAAGACCGCUUCGAACACGAAUUGCCGAACACGCGGCAGCGGUUCGGAUGAAUGACGCCAACUCUCAGGUCGCGGCCCAUUCGACGAGACCCAGCCACACAUUCAAGUUCGAUGAGGCCGAAAUUCUCGCGAGAGGGGAUAAUCGUGUGGGUCGCGAGUUGCUUGAGUCAUGGUUCACGGGACCUCAAUCAAUCAACAAGUGCAACCACAUACCCACUCCAUACUGCGUGCUGAGACAUAGGCUGGCCAAGGUAAUUGACCACUCGGGGCGCGCGCAAGCGGGUGAGCCAGAUGGCCGAGCAAUCAUCCCGCCAGCAUCCAACACGGGUGAUGACAUUUCGGUAAUUAACAACUUGCAUGCCGGUCAGCAAGCCAUUAGCGCACCAGCGGGCAAUGAUCCUUCAUGAAGGGGAGCGCGGUUAAUUGCUAUAGGUAUGCGGUAGCAUAGCGACUGCAUCCUAUAAAUACUGCAGCUUCCUGUGCACGAGUCACCCGUCUCUGAUGAUGGAUUCAAGUGAGAAUCCGAAACGUCAGGCGAAUAAAGAGCUUGUUCCAGCGAUCGCUUCUUCUUCUUCUGAUUUUCUAAUAAGUUAUCGCUCGAAAACGUGCUUUUGAGGGAUAUUUUGCCACUUAGGUACCUGCAGGUCUGUACUGAAGUGAUAUGAAUACGCACCAGAGAAGUGACCGACCCUCCGAAAAACCACGAGUUAAAAAUCAAAGUGUUGGCGUCUGCGCUUUUGAAGCCUAUCUUAUUUCCAUGACAUUGGUUCUGGAUUUAAAGCGAACAGUGGAGGAGGUAAGAAGAGAAAUAAAUGAUUCCUCCAGAUAAAGUUUCCAAGUAUAUACCAUACACCUACUACUGGCAGGUGAAUAAAAUUCCGUGUUGCAGCGCUAGCAUAUUUUUGCUUGCAUCGUAGGCUUAUUGUAUUCUUGGAAAUGAAUAUUAAAACAAUAUGUACAAUCCCCACUUUCAAAAUUAGCCUACGUUGGUAGACCUAUCUCCUGAAAUAUUGAUUUUUGUACAGUAUAGUUCCAGAAUAUUUCGGAUACAUUAGGAUAGCGGCUUUUGAAUGUGCAUCUCUACGGUCGGCUGUCUUUUUUUCCCACUGACAUUCGAUGUCCCUCCAAAUUGAACCAAAUUUUAAAAAAACGCAUGCACAGGAAUUACCUUUCCUGUACUUAUUGGGUAGGAAAUUACGGCUCCUUACAAUUGCAGCAUUGAAGAGAGGAUAUUUUUAGGCCUUAAAAGUGCCUUUUCUAAUUUUAGAACUGGCCCCCAGUUUUAGAUACCCCUGGAGUUUACUAGAUUCUUAUUGCAUGCCUCCCGUUUAAGGGAGAUAUAUAUCUCCAUAUGCUUAUAAGAUGACAUCAUAUAAGGCUGAAUAAGUCUUACAAAAUGUUUGGAUCUAGGUAUAUACUUCAUGAGCAGUACCAAUAAGCGUCUGAUACUGUCUUUAUAAGCGGCUGUUCGUGAAUAUACAAAGUCUCAUAAUUAUGAACGUCUCUGAAGGCAAUGCAUAUCUUGUGUUCACGGAUAAAAUUUGUCGAAGACCUGAUUUUCUACCGAGUGCAUACAAGAAAAAAUGAUCUUGUGCGCGACUUGCGAGAAAAAUGCUUUAACUUAUAAAGGCAUCCACAACCAAUGGAAGGAUUUAAUACAGCUUCAGUAGUCAUUUUUAACAAGUGCGGUUUUUGAAGGCGGUCAAUGAGGAAUGGAUUUAAAAACCGCAAUCCUGACGUUGAUAAGAUAGCUUGAAAUUAAGCUGCCCGAUUAUCUGUAUUGCAGCUUUAUUGUUUCCAAUCGAAAACAUGAUGCGGAAUUCCGAUGAACAUAUCGUGAGUUUAGCAUUUCUGGUCAAGAAGCGCUUUAAUGAUAUUGCUUGCAGUAAUAAUAUAUACAGGAAUAAAUUUAGAGGCAAUGUAAGUAUCUUCAAAAGGUGUGUGUAAUGCAUAAUUAACUCUAUUUUAACUCUUCGUUUAUCGCCUCUUUCAAUCAUACAGCCCUAAUUACUUAUUAUGCUUGAGUUAACUCUACCAAAGGGGCCGGUAAACAGCACUGUGUGAGUUUCGAAUUCAAUUUUGAAAUAUAAAUGGCAGAACGAGGGGAGUGCAUUUAUUUAGAGCAAUGGCCGUUUUAAGAGUCUCAACCUAGAGUUGGCUUACAUUAGCGUUUCCUUUGUCGGUCGCAGAUUUUUUUCCUUAUAAUGUGGGUUUAUGCAGAAGGUAGCAUCGGUUGAAUAGCAAAAAUAUUCAAAAUUUUGCCUUCACUCCUAUUGGAGAAGCCAGUGCGUCUUUACGUGGAAACUAUCGUCGUCUGCAUUUCGGAAUGGUAAAUGCGGUAUGCGGCAAUUUGAAUUCACAAUCCAGUUUUAACUCACCAAGUGAAAAAUGACACCUUCCCCUUCGAAUUUUAUAAGACUUACGUGUCAUAAACUCAGUAUGAAAGAUACUGAGGCAAAACCUUGCCUUUUUUCCGAGAAAAAACAAUUGUAAUAUAACAAUUAGGCAGAGAUUGAAAAUUGUUAGAAUCCACAACUUCGGGGUAGACUGUGCUACAUCGACCUUGGUUCUCUUCUAUGGCCAAGGUCUUCCCAAGUUCCACAAAAUGGCGUCCCCCUUCGACCCAUCUUUUAACUCAAUGGUACUCCAACUUACGGACUGAAAAAAUAGCUGUUUCGGAGUCUCAAAUUUCUGACCACAAAUUCAGACACUACAGUCAGUUUGUCAACGCAAUUCUUGGAGAAACGUAAAGGGGUAAGCCUCCUGCCAAGCGACGUCAUGGCACCCUUUGAUGUCAUAUCCCUUUUUACUUCUAUUCCGCAGGAUCUGGCAGUCGAGACCAUCGAACUACUCCUACGUGACAAAUAUGAUGAGAAGGGGAAUGGCUUUUUACACGCUCAGGGCCCCCACAUCCUGGAAUUCUGUAUGAAGACGUACUUUACGUUCGACGGAACAAUCUGUGAGCAGUUGAAGGGCACGCCCAUGGUUCGCCGAUUUCGGGACUCAUAG